AUCUCUACUUUGGAUUUAUUGUCUUUAGCCAAGGGGGCUGGGCAUUACUGUCAGCUCCACUUCUUGUGACCCGUGUCGGCAUAAAGGCACUCAGUACAGAGGAAUGGUGACAGCUGAGAGACAGGAACUCUAUACAUAGUCGCAGCCAUGAAGGAAAUCAUGGCACAAAAAGAGAAGCUCCAAUGCCUGAAGGACUUUCACAAGGACACCCUGAAACCUUCACCAGGGAAGAGCCCAGGCACACGGCCAGAGGAUGAGGCCGAAGGCAAGGCCCCUCAGAGGGAGAAGUGGGCUAGCAAGCUUGACUUUGUCCUGUCUGUGGCCGGUGGCUUUGUCGGAUUAGGAAACGUGUGGCGUUUCCCUUAUCUUUGUUAUAAAAAUGGUGGAGGUGCAUUUCUCAUCCCUUACUUCAUCUUCCUGUUUGGAGGCGGUCUGCCAGUGUUUUUCCUGGAGGUUGCACUGGGUCAGUACACCUCUGAAGGAGGGAUCACCUGCUGGGGAAAGCUCUGCCCCAUCUUCACUGGUAUUGGCUAUGCUUCAAUUGUGAUCGUAUCUCUGCUGAACAUUUACUACAUUGUGAUCUUGGCCUGGGGACUCUACUACCUGUUUCAGUGCUUUCAGCCUGAGCUCCCCUGGGCAAAAUGCAAACAGCCCUGGAACACAGAAAACUGCGUGGAGGACACAGUCCGCAAGAACAAGACACUUUGGCUGGCGGCCAAUAUUACCAACUUUACCUCCCCUGUCACUGAGUUCUGGGAGCGAAACGUCCUGAGCAUCUCUACUGGGAUUGAGGACAUCGGGCCUCUGAAGUGGGACCUGGCCCUGUGUCUCCUAGCAGUGUGGGUUAUCUGUUUCUUCUGCAUCUGGAAGGGAGUCAAGUCCACUGGGAAAGUUGUGUACAUCACCGCAACUUUCCCAUUUGUGAUGCUGAUUGUGUUGCUUGUGCGGGGUGUGACCCUGCCAGGAGCCUCUGAAGGGAUCAAAUUUUACCUUUACCCUGACCUGUCCCGUUUGCAGGACCCAGAGGUAUGGAUUGAUGCGGGUACUCAGAUUUUCUUCUCCUACGCCAUUUGUUUGGGAGCCAUGACGUCGCUGGGAAGCUACAACAAAUACAAGUACAACUGCUACAGGGACUGUUUGCUGCUGGGAGGCCUCAACAGCGGUACCAGUUUUGUGUCUGGCUUCGCAAUAUUUUCCGUCCUGGGCUUCAUGGCACAAGAACAAGGGGUGGACAUUGCCGAUGUGGCAGAGUCAGGUCCUGGCUUGGCCUUCAUCGCCUACCCGAAAGCUGUGUCCAUGAUGCCGCUGCCAACACUCUGGGCCAUCCUGUUCUUUAUCAUGCUGCUGCUUCUGGGCCUUGACAGCCAGUUUGUUGAAGUGGAAGGACAGAUCACCUCCAUUGUGGAUCUGUAUCCGGCCCUCCUAAGGAAGGGAUACCGACGGGAGAUCUUUAUAGCUGUGAUGUGUUUCAUGAGCUAUCUCCUGGGACUCGCCAUGGUUACAAAAGGUGGCAUGUAUGUGUUUCAACUCUUUGACUACUAUGCAGCCAGUGGUGUGUGCCUUUUGUGGGUUGCAUUCUUUGAAUGCAUUGCUGUAGCCUGGGUUUAUGGUGUGGAUAAUUUCUACGAUGGAGUCGAGGAUAUGAUUGGCUACAGACCAAACCCAUGGAUGAAAUGGAGCUGGACCAUUAUCACACCUGUCCUCUGCAUGGGCUGCUUUGUCUUCUCCCUGGUGAAGUACAAGCCCUUGACCUAUAACAAGGUGUAUGAGUAUCCUGACUGGGCCAUCGGUCUGGGCUGGUGUUUGGCCUUGUCCUCCAUGAUCUGCAUCCCCAUGGUGAUGGUCAUCAAGAUCUUACAGUCUGAGGGACCCCUGAUUGAGAGGAUCAAAGCAGUGGCAGCCCCGGCAAAGUCAGGUGUGAGCUCCCGCCCGAAAGAGUACAACCUGAAGGGCAGCGAGCUGACACAGCCCCUGGACCCAAAUGGGAACAAUGGCUUGAUGAAGCCCACCCACACCAUUGUAGAAACAAUGAUGUGAGCGCUCUCUGUGAGAGGAAUAAGAUUGAUGUGCUUUCUGUGUUAUUAUCAUAUUUGCUAACUUUGAUAAUGGUAGGUUUACAUUGUCCAAUAUAUUCACAUUAGAGAUACUUGGGUUUGAUUUCUAUGAAGAGAGUUAUAUAUUAUUGUAAUUUUUUUUCUCUUGUAAUUUUUUUUUUUUUUAUUUUUUACUCUAUCAAUAUUGUUGUUGUUACAUUUGCUGUUGCUGUAGUUGGCACUGAUCUCAGUUUAGGCAGGUUUUCGGAUAGCACUCUGUAUGUUUACUACCUUUCUGUUGAUUCCGGAGAGAUGAGGAAUUAGCUUUUUUGCUAAAUAGAAGAAAAUUCUAUCUUCUCCUAAAUUAAAUAAAGCUAACAAAUAGAUUAAGCGUAUAAAAAGUAGAACAUACCUAAACUCCCUCAUGUGAUUUUAGCAGUAUUGUUGCCUAAAUGAACGUCUAAUCUCUUGUUGUUAACUCUACAGUGAAAAUGAAUGUACCUCCGCCAGCAGCGGAAGCGAGCCACCCACAACUACAUAUCCAUAACAGCUAGGAUGAAUGUUGAAAUGUUGCAAUAUGCAGUGUAUAGACUUAAUCUUGCUUUAUAACCUUCAAGUUACUAAACAAGGCCCUGGCCAAAUACUGUGAAAAAUGCAUUCAGAAGAAAUUUUGUUUCAAACAUUUCAAUAAAGACUUACAAUAAGAAAUUGGAAAAAGUUAGAGGAAGUAAGGAGAAAAGGGAAGUGGCAUUUUAAGAGUAUUUGUACACUGCCUGUGUGACUACUAUAGUCAGUCCCAGUGCAUUUAUUGAAACCUCUCUUUGCACUUUAUAUGUUGUUUCACCUUUAUUUUAGUGUUUGUUUGUAUUGUUGCAAGGUAUCGCAGUUACAUUUGCAACACAUUUCAGGAGGAAACAUUUUUAGCUUCUAACUUUUUUAAUAUCACAAACUUUGAUAUACAAUAUCCAGAGGAUAAUUUGUGUCCUUGCAAAGACAAUGAUGAAAUAGACUAGAAAUUUGACUCAGAUAUUUUGAUUCAAUAUUUGUAGGAUUUGUGACAGCAAAAGUAAAAAUGUUAUUGACAGCUCUCUCCAUGUUUUCUUCAGCUAAACUACCACUGGAUUCUAGUUUCUGUUCAGAUUUGUUUUUUAGAGUUUGAAUUGUUUAUAAAUCACGUAUGCCUUUUUGUAACAAUUUUAUACUGUACAUCACAAGAACACCAUCACUGACUAAUUAUUUUACUGAAACUCAUUGAUCUGUUUUCUAAAUGUUGAUAAUUGUGAGCCUGGAUUACAUUUUUUCAGUGUGCAAUAUUCAUUGAAGCAAUGGCAUUCUCUGCUCUGUCAAAAUUCACAAUGAAAUUAAAAAUAAUAAAUGUUCAAUAAUGCAUCAACACACGUAGGAAAAUGCACAAGAAAAACAUGCAGGUGUCCAUUAAAAUUUUGGAAAUCAUGUGUACCAAAGUAUUGUUGUCUCACAGUUGUCCCCUUUGAGAUGCACAUUGCAUCAUUUCUAUAUAGAUUACAAAUAAACAUCUUUUUCUUUGGA